AUGGCGACACCGACGAUCCGGAUUGCCGAUGACUUAGAGCCUAUUAAACCCGAUAACUCGGCAAGAGCUGGUGGCAUCUAUGAUGUGCGCAGCUUAUCCCGUGUUGGCACAGCCAGCGGCCGGCGAAGCGUCUCUCGCCAUUCGCAGGACAGGCGGAGCGAGCAAGCCGGGGAUGUAGACGACGGAGACUGGCACCCCGAAGAUGUUGGACGAGAAAAACAAAUCUUCAAGGGAACGACGUUGCUUUGGUUGGCGUAUCAGUCGACUGGAGUGAUUUAUGGCGAUAUUGGAACUAGCCCCCUCUAUGUGUACUCCUCAACGUUCACCGAUGUACCUACCUACAACGACGUCCUACAAGUUUUGUCCUUGAUCAUUUGGUCAUUGACACUGAUGGUCACCUUGAAAUAUGUCGUUAUCAUACUACGAGCCGACAAUGAUGGCGAAGGAGGAACAUUCAGUUGUUACUCGAUGCUCACUCGAUAUGCCAACAUCACUAAACGCGACCCGAGAGAAGCCCUCCUUAUAAAGAUGGAAAGAGUUAAAACCCAGGACCUUCACCAUUCUAGUAAAACUAUUCGAUCGGGAAUGGAGAAUAGCAAAUUUGUGCGUGGCCUGCUCAAGGUCAUCGGUGUGCUUGCCGUGUCUAUGGUCAUGGCGGACGGAGUUCUUACUCCAGCGCAAUCUGUUCUCGGCGCCGUUCAAGGUCUCAGAGUAGUCAAGGACGAUAUCACAGACUCCACCAUCGUUGGUGCUAGUUGUGGCAUCUUGGUAGUACUGUUCUUGAUCCAACCUUUCGGUACUGGGAAGCUUGCGAAUUACUUCGCUCCGAUCGUUAUUCUCUGGUUGGCAUUCAAUGCCGGCUUUGGCAUUUAUAACCUUGUCAUGUUCGAUCACUCGGUUCUCAAGGCAUUCUCCCCAUACUUUGCUAUCGAGUUCUUCAAGGAGAAGGGCACUGCUGGUUGGAAGAUGCUUGGUGGAGUGCUGCUCUGCUUCACAGGCGUCGAGGCUCUUUUCGCAGACCUGGGUGCCUUUUCAUUGAGGGCCAUCCAGCUGAGCUGGCUCUGUUAUUGUUAUCCAGCUCUGCUAUUGGCAUACAUUGGUCAAGCGGCAUACAUCAGCGUUCAUCCAGAGGCCUACGAUAACCCUUUCUAUAAUGCAGUUCCCCCAGGAAUGCUGUACCCCAGUCUUGUCGUGGCUGUCUUGGCCGCAAUUGUCGCUUCUCAGGCCAUUAUUACCGCAACCUUUCAGUUAAUCAGCCAAAUCAUGAAGCUUUCUUAUUGCCCGCAGGUCAAGAUUGUCCAUACGUCAAAGAAGUUUCACGGUCAACUCUAUGUACCUUUCUUGAACUGGAUUCUCAUGGCUUUGACGAUCCUAGUCACUGGCGUGUACUCCAAUACAACUCGACUCGGCAACGCUUACGGUGUUUGUGUCAUGUUUGUGACGUUCUUUGAUACUUGCAUGGUGACUCUGGUUGCCCUGAUUGUCUGGAAAUUCUCUGGAUACAUCGUUUUUAUCCCUUGGUUGCUUUUUGCUACCCUUGAUGGAUUAUACAUCUCAUCUGUGUUGACCAAAGUCCCUGAAGGCGCUUGGUUCACACUUACAAUCUCGGGCAUCCUCGCUGGUCUGUUUCUCCUUUGGCGCUUCGGAAAGGAGAAGCAAUGGCUUGCCGAAGCUGAAGACAGGUUUAAACCAUCCCAGUUGGUGACCAAAGAUGCCGAAGGGAACUUGACUCUCGCAGAUCGCUGGGGUGGUGGCUCUCUCACUAGAAUCAAGGGAUUAGGCAUCUACUUUGACAAGACUGGAGUGCUGACACCCACCGUCUUUACCCAGUUCGUCUCGAAGUUUGGUGCAGUCCCUGAGGCUAUGGUCUUCUUCCACCUCCAUCCGGUGGAAACACCUACUGUACCAGAUGCGAAACGAUACUCCAUUUCUCGCUUGGCCGCUAUUCCUGGAUGCUACCGUCUCGUCAUCAAGCAUGGAUUUAUGGAUGAAGUCAUCUCCCCGGACCUUGCGCUGCUAAUAUACGAGCAAGUACGCAAAUUCAUUGUUCGUCAGGCUGCCAGUGAGAUCCCACCUGAAGAAGAGGAUGAGUCACACGACGAGGUAGUCGCAAAGUCUACCAGUGUGGAGCAGGUAGAAAGCGAAGGGCUCAAGACGACUGCUGCUGCUAUUGUUUCUACAGAUAGUAGCUCUGGUGAACCUGACGGGAGUAACGAAAAAGGAAAACGCCGUGAGCCUUCUGAGCUUCGAGAUGAGUCCGUGAGGGCUGAACUCGGUCAUCUUGACCGUGCCUAUGCAAGCAAGGUCAUGUAUGUAAUUGGGAAAGAGCAAAUGCGGAUCAAGUCAUCCACCGGAAUCUUCCGGCGCAUUAUAUUGGCAACCUUUUUAUGGAUCAGAGAGAACACGAGGGCGAAGAUUGCCAAUCUCCGGUUGUCAAUGGACCGUGUAGUCGAGGUUGGAUUUGUCAAGGAGAUCUAG